AUGUCGGAAAUAACGCAGCCUUCCACCGGGCAACCGAAUCUCGUCUUGUCACCGGAGGAGAAGAAGGUGUUUGGCCAAUUAUUCCAAGCUGCCGAUACACAGAACCUAGGUGUAAUUACCGGAGAACUUGCCGUUAAGUUCUUCGAGAAAUCUGGUCUCAAACCGCAGAUCCUGGGCGAGAUUUGGGGUAUUGCAGAUACCGAAAACCGCGGACUUCUCACAAAAGUCGGAUUCAGCGUCGCCUUACGGCUCAUCGGUCAGGCGCAGAGUGGACAAGCUCCGCGCCCAGAACUUGCGCAAUUUCCCGGGCCCCUACCGACCUUUAAAGGGGUCAAUGCCAAUUGGGCAGCUCCAGGAAGCCCACAGGCGUCUUCCCAAGCCCAAGUUCAGCAACCACCAACAAGUCCUAUUCAGCAACAGUUAUCAGGAAGUGGCAUUGCCGUUCCUCGGCUAUCCCCUGAAGAUGUUACCAGAUUUAUUGAAUUAUUCGAGAAGUCUGGCGCCGUCGACGGACUUUUACCAGGUGAAUCGGCACGCCAAAUCUUCCAGCGAGCGAAGCUCGCAAACACUACUUUAGGCUUGAUAUGGGGCCUUGCAGAUAGACAACAGCGCGGUGCUCUCGGGUCCAACGAAUUCGUCGUAGCCAUGCAUUUGAUUCAAUGCACUAUGAACGGAUCUCUCCCUGUACUUCCAACUUCCCUACCCCAAGCCCUUUUCGAUGCUGCCAGCCGGAGCCCACGUCCCCCAACCGGGGACGGACGCCAGCGCCCAUCUCCAGGCCCGGGACCAAGAGUGGUACCUCCCAGUAUCCCAACCGUUCCAUCAAUUCCCCGCCAAUUUGGUGCCACUAGAGCACAGAGCCCGCUUCGACAGCAGUACACACCACCUCCGAUGCCUCCACCUUCUACUGCUCCACCUGGGCCAGUAGAUAUACCAUGGGCAAUUACUGCCGUUGAGAAACAAAAGUUUGACAAUCAUUUCACGGAUGUGGACACCGGGAACAAAGGGUUUAUCACGGGUGAGGAGGCGGUGCCGUUCUUUUCUGGAUCGAAGCUUCCCGAGGAUGCACUGGCCCAAAUCUGGGACCUCGCCGAUAUCGAAAAGAAUGGUAGCCUUACUCGCGACGAAUUUGCGAUAGCGAUGUACCUGAUUCGACAGGAACGAACUCGAGGCACAAAUGGCAAAGGGCUUCCAGACGCUCUGCCUUUGAAUCUCAUCCCUCCCCAUUUACGUCCUUCGCUAUCAUUUAAUGCUCAAGCAUCUCCUAAGCCUCCAGUACCGUCGCCCUUCGAUCCUCCAGCAGCUGAACCACCAAAGUCAAACCUUGAUGAACUCUUCGGUUUGGACGAUUCAUUCACAACGGCAUCCUCAGCCCAGGCUAGUUCGUCUGGUGCUGCACCACUGAAUACCACUCUUGCUGGUAGCAACGAUUAUCCUGCCCCACGUUCUCCUCUUCCCGCACCAGUUCCCACUAGCACACUUAGCUUCCUUGGGGGCACCAAGCCUUUUGUUCCGUCUAGCUCUUUUGGCCAAAACAUGAUUUCGCCUUCGGCUACUGGAGGUACUACCUCCAGCAAGGACACGCCAUCCCAUCUUGAUGACUUGCUAGAUCCAGAAGUUAACAAGAAGCUAACAUCUGAAUCUACGGAACUUGCCAAUUUGUCGAACCAAAUUGGGUCUCUCACCAAGCAGACCCAAGAUCUGAAAAUGAAACGUUUGUCUGCGGAUCAGAACCUUGCCAAUGUUGCCAACGAGAAGCAUAACAUCGAGUUGAAACUUGCACAAUUGCGACAAUCGUAUGAGCACGAAGAAAGGGAGCUGAAGCGUGUCGAAGAAAUCUUGGCUACGUCAAGAGCUGAAACGACCCGCCUUCGAAAUGACUCUGUCAUGCUGGAGGCCACACUUACUGACCUCCGAAAUCAGAAAGCACAAUCUCAAGCCGCGUAUGAUGCCGAUGUCAAGGAAAACCAAUCUCUCAAAGAGAAAAUGAGAAAUACCAACCAAGAAACGGCAGAACUAAAGAGACAGCUAGAGAAGUUGAAACAUGAUGCAAGACAACAAAAAGGCUUGGUGGCUAUCAACAAGAAGCAGUUAGCUACUUCAGAAGCUGAACGAGAACGAGUGAAAGGUGAAAUAGAGAAGGAGAAGGCUGAUCUUGCUACCAGCCUUAGUCGUACAACGAGCCCUCAGCCUCCUGCUAGCCCCACUCUCAGUCAAACCAGCACUAUGUCUACAAACCCGUUCAAUGCAAACCCGUUCCAUAGGAAGAGCCCAACGGCCCCUGUACAAGAAAGUGCAAGUGUGGAAAGCCGUUUCCAUGAUCGUGGUUUCUUUGAGUCGGCUAUUCAAUCAAGCUUUGCAUCGCCAGCGUCAAACCCUGGCCAGAAUGCUUUUGACAACGUCUUUGGAUCCUUCAGCGCGCCUUCUGGCACAGGGCCACCACCACCAACCUCAUUUUCUCGACAGAACACCGGCAGCAAAGACCCCGCUCGUAGUAUUACGUUCUCUGCUCUAUCAGCUACCGAAAGUGCUUUUGGUGGAUCCACGCCUCCGACUUCUCCUCCUACCUCCUCAUACUCAUCCCACACAGCCGAAAUUCCACCAUCAGUUGGCAGCCCGCAUAUAACCUCUGCAUUUUUGCCCUUGACUCUUAACAGAGCCGAUUCUACCACUAGUUCCGUUCAGGUUCAGGCUUCAAGCGAGUCAGCUUUCUCUCGCCCAGAGACCCCGACAACAACUUGGCCGGGAAGCCUGCAACAUGAGCCCAAACCCGAACCCGAAGCGGAUGCCUUCAAGCCCUCACCUUUGUCCCAUUCAGCGAUACUUGAUCAACAAGAACCCAAGAAACUUGAAAGAGCACGAACUGGGUCAACAGCAGGUGGUAGUCCCGUCGCAGCCAGGAUUAGCGAUAAACGUGAUUCUGCUUCCGACUUUGGUAGUGUCAGCCCGAGUGUCGCUCAUAUACCAGGGGCAUUCCCGGGAAUAGAUAUCACCACUCCGAUCAAACCCACUGCCACGGGUGAAAGCUAUAUGAGCAACCGAAGCAGGGUUAGCCAAGCCAAAUCUGAGCCGUUGAACUUUGGGUUUGGAGGACAGGAUAAUAGAGGUUCCCAGGCCGCGAAAGAUGAUUUCGAUGCGGCCUUCGCUGGCUUUAGUCAGGUGAAGCCCGAACGUCCUGCUACGAGCAACCAGGAAUUCCCACCUAUCCGCGAACUCCAAAAUGACGACGAGAGUGACACUGCUAGUGAGACCGGGGGGUUUGAUGACAACUUCACUUCCGCAAGUCCCAAAGUUGUAAAGACUACUGGGGCAUCACAAGCUCCCGAACAACCGCCGUCUGUCCUUCCAGUUCCCGAGUCCAGCAUUGCUGCAUCACUCGUCUCGAACUCCAGCACUCCCCUCCCAGGCCCCAAUGCCCAAACUUCGCCACCGACCUAUACCUCGACGACUGGUGGAGCAAACAACGAUACCUCAGCCUUCCCACCGGAAUUCACUAACCUGUUGCCACCCCGGACCGACCCCAUUAAGACGAAUACCAAUUCCCCCCCGGCUCAGACCGCUGGCACUGCUAAAAUGUUCAUGUCUUCUCCAGCCAUGACCCCGCCAGCGACGACAAGUAACUUGGACAGCGUUUUUGGACCGGCUAUCACCCCUGCUCCUCAACCUACUACAACCGCUCCAACGAGUUCUGAUUAUAGUGCAUUCUCUUCUGUGCAGUCUAAGCCCGCCACUCAACCAGCCACACAAGGAAAAUCUGCAUUUGAUGACGAUACCUUCGAAAGUGACUUCAAGGACCUCGGUGAAGCGCGCGAGGCUAAUAGUAAGAGCGAUGAGUAUGACAACUAUACUACUGAUCAUGGCUACGCUGAGUUCAACGACGUAUUUGAUUCUCCUGGUGCAGCAAAGCACGUUCCGACUGCUCCAAUCGGAACAAAGAAUAUCCCCGACGAUGACGAGUUCUCUGCUUUCCAGUUCAAUACUCUCCAAACCACCCAACCGGCUCAAAGUAGCAAUGAUGAUUGGGACGCCCUGUUUGCCAGCCUUGACAAGCCCGGCUCGUCGGGCCAGCCAGCCAACAGUGGUCCUUCAGUGGGACAGGUCAAUGGAGGAGAUGCCCGUGCUGAUGAUGCAUUUAAUGUCACCACCCCACCGGCGGUUACGGCCAAUUUAACAGGUGGAAAGAAGGUCGAUCCGGAUGUGAGAAAGCUACAAAAUAUGGGCUUCUCCGAGGAACAAGCUACUAUGGCGCUGAAGAAGUUUGAUAAUAACUUGUCGGAAGCUACGAACUUUCUCCUUGAUCUUCCAACUUCUCCAGGAUCACGCUAA